CCAUCCACUGGCGCCUGGCGGCUCCGCGGCUGUCGUGGCAGUAGUUGCCAGAGCCGUCGCAGCCACCCAAACCCCAUCAACGAAACGGCGCCAAUCCAGAGACCGGCGACCCCGACCGCCCGACGAGCUCCACCAUGAAGCACCUCGUCCUCCCCUCCCCUCUCCCUCUCCUCCUCCACCGCCCCACCAAGCCCCAUCUCCUCCACCCUCGCCGCCGCCUCGUCUCCAUCCGGAACGCCGCAUCCGGCGGCAGCUCCGGCGAACCCACCCCUGCCGCGGAUACGGCCACCGGGACGUCUCCGCCGGCCGGUGCCACUGCCAAGCCCGCCGGCGUCAAGGACCGCCUGAAGGCGAGGAACCAGUCCCGCCGGGUCCAGCUGGACUCCCCACCGCCGGAGGUGGUGGUGGUGCCGAAGAGGAAGCCCGCCGCGUCGUCGUCGUCGUCGUCGUCGUCCCCUGCGCCGAAGAGGAAGGAGAGGCGGAAGGAGUGGGAGGAGAUGAGCGUGGGCGAGAAGGCCGCGGAGCUCUAUGUCGGGGAGAAGGGCCUUCUCUUCUGGCUCAACAAGUUCGCCUACGCCUCCAUCUUCAUCAUGGUCGGCGCCUGGAUCCUGUUCCGCUUCGUCGGCCCCUCGAUCGGCCUCUACCAGCUCGACGCCCCGCCGCUGCCGCCCACCGCCGUGUUCGGCGGCGGCUCCCCGUGACGGCACCAGAGCGUCGGCGUCAGAGUCGUUUCUGAGUGGGGUACACUAGGUAGAGCUAGCGUAGCGGACUAAUAAUAAGGCAAAGAUUGAGGAAGAAGAGGACGCGAAUUUCGGAGCCAAAAAUUGGAUCUUUUGCUGGCAAUGGCAAUGUGGAGUGUAGAUGCGCAGUUCUUGGAGCUUCAGAGCAUGACACUGCUGAAUUCCGGGUUUAUCUGUGCAAACAUGUUUGGUUUUGUAUAGGCAAGCAAUUCAUUUCGGUAUGCUCUUCAAUUGAGUUUGAGAAGCUGAGAUUAAGAGGCCAUGCUGCAGCCGUUUCUUGUAAUGAAGACAGAAAUUUUCAGAACAGAAUUUGAGUUCAAAAGACCAUUGGGCAGGAAAUGGACAACAAGAUGUAAUUUCUAUUUGUACGUCUCCUAUGCAAAUCUC